AUGGCCAGUCUUCAAUACCAAAGAGUAUGGGUGGCCGGGGACUUCUUAACAGCGUCUUCUUCCUCACAUUGUGGAGGUAGUGGUGGGGCACAUUUCAACUCCAGUUAUGGUGGGAGUCAUGCCUACACUACAGGCGUCGUGUCACAAAAGUGUCUCGAUUGUAUUUGUCGUCACGGAUCUGGUUGUAGACCUUUAGGUUGUAAGUGGGAGGUUAUCGCUAACGCAUGUGGAUAUUUCCAGCUAAUGGAACAGUACUGGAAGGACUGCGGGAGACCAGGGGGUUCAAUGACAGCCUGCGCCCUUGACCUGCACUGCUCAUCCCGCUGCGUCCAGAACUACAUGUCACGAUUCAUUGGUUAUUCAGGAUGUGCGCACAACUGUGAGAGUUACGCCAGAAUCCAUGCCGGUGGACCCAAAGGAUGUCAACACAGCAGCACCCUUCAUUACUGGAGAGCUAUUGAAAAUUUAGGGUGCUCGGCUAACAGCUGA